AUGAAAACAUACUUACUUAGACUCCGAAUCAGACUAAACGACGCCUAUGAAGAGAGUGCGAAUGCAACGGCUCUGCAAGGUCAGCUUCAGACAAUUUUUAAUCCCCAUGACUCAGGAGUUGACCAAUCCUUUAUCGAUGCAUUGCCUUUGUUUCAUUACAAGACCGUGAUUGGUCAUCGACACGACGUCCCCUUUGAUUGCGCCGUCUGUCUCUGCGAGUUCAAACCCGAAGACGAGGUCCGGAUUUUGCCCAAAUGCAGCCAUGCAUUCCACGUGGACUGCAUCGACAAGUGGCUCCUCGCAAACUCAACAUGUCCUCUCUGCAGAGAUAACCUCCUCCUCAGCCUCACCGCUCCGUCCUCCCCGCCUCUUGUUCUUCAGCUUGAGAGUUUCCAAGACUCCGAUUCGCAUCUCGGGUCAACCCAUUUCGAUGAUGUGCGGUUGAACAUCUCCGGUGAAAACGAUGAAAGCAAGCCAGAGAAUGAGGAAAGAGAUGUUCUUGUUAAUCUUGGUAAGUUCAACAUCAUUGAAGGUAAUCAUGAAUCUCGAACCUAG